CGGUUCUGCUACAAGGGUCUCCCCCCUCCCCACCCCAGACCCAUCUCGGAGUGCCGUGACACUCCAGCAGAAGUCGCUGCCAGGACUCCCUCCCUAGGCCCAAGCGGAGGCCCGGUACCUUCCGAAAACCCCUGCGCACCGCUGCCGGAGGUGCCCCGCCACCACCCAAGCUCACCGUGCGGAUCUGCCUCCGCAAAAGGUCUUACGGAAGGCUGAGUGCCACGCCCCUGUCGCCCGAGGAGGAGGGGCAACGGGUGGUGACGCCAUCACAGAGCGUCUGAAGAAGGACCCGAGACAUCAUGAAGAUGUUGGAGUCGUUGUCCGCUUUUGGCGGCCUGGUGCUGCUUCGGGAUUCCGUGGAGUGGGAGGGACGCAGUCUCCUGAAGGCACUUAUCAAGAAAUCUGCACUGCGUGGGGACCAAGUGCACAUCCUGGGAUGUGAAGUGAGCGAGGAAGAGUUUCGUGGAGGUUUGGACGUCAAUAUCAACAGCCGGUUGGUUUACCAUGACUUCUUCAAAGACCCACUCAAUUGGUCAAAGACUGGGGAAGACCUUCCAGGGGGGCCCUUGGAUGUCUUAAGGGCCAUAUGCAAAAGGACAGAUCCUGGUCCUGUCACUGUUGCUCUUGAUUCACUCAGCUGGCUGCAGCUCCAUGUCCCCUGUACCACACUUUGCCAGACCCUGCAGGCUCUGAGCUAUCAGUACUCUUCCCCUGGUGACAACUCCUCAGAGGAGAAGGUGUGUGUGCUGGGCCUGCUGCACGAAGAGCUUCAUGGCCCAGCCCCCACAGGAGCAUUGAGCAGCCUUGCUCACACAGAGGUGACCGUGAGUGGUACAGUGGGCCAGGCCUGGGUAGCCCACAUCCUAUAUCGGAGACCCGGACAGCUUCCAGCUUGUCAGACUCAAUGGUUUUCCAUCCUGCCUGACUUUGGUUUGGAUUUCCAAAAAGGACCCCCCUUAGAGCCCCAGACUCACCUGGGUCCUCGCAAGCCUGAGGUGGACCCUACAGCUCAUUUGACCUUUAACCUUCAUCUGUCCAAGAAUGAAAAAGAAGCCAAAGAUAGCCUGACUCUGCCCUUCCAGUUCAGCUCUGAAAAGCAGCAGGCUUUACUGCACAAUGGACCAGGCCAGGCCACCAGCCAAAUCUUCUAUGAGCCUGAUGCUUAUGAUGACCUAGACCAAGAAGACCCAGAUGAUGACCUAGAUGUUUAACUGGUCAGAAAAUUUCUGCAAACUAUAAUUGGAAGAUCUUGAGCUAUCCUUCCUUCCAUUAUUGUAUUAGCCGUCCCCUCCCCCCUGCUGCUGCACCUUUGUUCCCUGUGUCUAUAUAGAGGCCCUGCCUUGUGACCCAUAAGCCCCAGGAAUGGAAAGGUGUGUGUGUGGGGGGUUUGAGAGAAUAGAAACACCCUUCCCCAAGCAUAAGUUAAGAUUAUAUAUACAUAUAUAUAUAUAUAAAUUUUUUUUUAACUUAGUUUGGAGAGAGGAAGACAGAAAUUGAGAGGGAGUGAGAAAAUAGAGGGAGAAACAUCCAAAGCAGCACUGCUUCUCCACUUGUGAAGUUCCCCCUACAGGUGGGGACCAGGGGCUUGAACCAGUGUUGUUGUGAUGCGUGCUCAACCAGAGGUGCCACCUCCUAAUCCCUUAUUUUAUUUGAAAGAGAGGUCAGAGCACUGCUCAGCUCUGGUUUAUGGUAGUGCCAGGGAUUAAACCUGGGAUCUUGGAACCCCAGUACUUUAUUUAUUUAUUUAUUUAUUUUUAAUAUUUAUUUAUGAAAGGGAGAGAAAAAUCACACCUAGGAUUGAUCUGCUGGCCUCAUAUUUCCAAGUCCUACACUCUACCUGUUGACUCACUUCCCCAGCCACAAUAAAAUACUUCAAGAGGAAA